AUGCCGUCGCUGGCGGACCUCAAACGAUCAGCACACGAGUUCAUCACCGAGAUCAAGGAAUCGAAACAUAGCACCGGCCACCUCCGACACAAGCGGAAGCCCAGCACUAACAUCAUCCGCGAGCUGAUACGCGGGCCCCGGGAGGAGGACGGCAGCAACUACACGCAGCCGACGCAAGCUCACAAGAGGAUACUACACAAGCCUACCAGGUCGCUCAGCAGGAGACUCGUCGACAGCGGACGACGAGAUAGAGAGAAGAAUGGGGGCUGGGGCGGAGAUCAAACCGGGGAUCGGGAGAGGAAGACGAGCAAGAGGACCGGAUGGAAUGGCUGGAAGAGUAGGGAUGCAUCAGGUACGGGUGCAGAUGCAGGUGCAGGCGUGGGCGGAGGCGUGGGUGCAGGUGUAGGCGCGGGUGCAGUCGCAGGCGCGGGUGUGGGCGUGAGCGUGGCCGUGGGCGUGGGUUUAGGUGCGGGUGUCUUCUGGAACGGGGCGGAGAAAGCCAAGGCCAGCGCAUCAUCACGAACACGACCGGCGGCGGUCGCCACGACACAGACCAAGGCAGCAGGGGCAUCUUCUUCCAACAAGCCGGUCUCGCCACGCUCGCCACGCUCUCUCAACUCCAAUAAGCCGUUGCCGUCUCCGCCUCCUCCGGGCACGAUCGACAAGGUCGAUGGCAGGCCUCGCAGACCCGUGUUGAAGCUCGACCGCAUCAUGGCAGCCUUGACCGAUACGGAGAUUGAGAAGCUCUUCUCCGGCGCGCCGCAAUUCUUUGCUCGGUCUCAGGGCCAUGGCUCCGGCGCCCCGCACCCGUCCGUGGCCUUCCCGUGGAAUGAAGAGCUGAGCAUCCGUGACUUGACGGACCACACCCAGAUCGGCGAUGCCGCUUGGGGUUGCCUCACCGCGGUCCCGCAUAUCAUCCAGCGGGACCCCAUGGCCGUGUCAUCGCCCUCUGCUAAGAGGCGGCCGCACUUCAAUGCGAGGUGUCAGGAGCGGCCCAACAUGCUCAGCAUGCAGGGCCUGGAGAAGGGCUCCAUCGGCUACCAAGCUGCCCUGGAGAUUUCUGUUGCCGACGCGCUCCAGGAGGAGCAGUACGGCUUUAACAGCCUAGGCUCGAAAGGCCGCGUCAUUGUAGAGCAGCGCCAGAGGCUCAUCGCCUCGAAAGACGGGCUGCGACAUAUGGACGACUCCGGCAUCAUGGAGCAGCUGAUCCGAAACGAAGAGAGGUACGAGUCCGGGCGGAGAGACGCCCAGGCGAAGUCGCAAGAGCUCUACAACGAACUGUUCACCAAAGUCCUUUUCCCGCCGGCCAAGGUCAUCGAUACCAAGGAUCCUCACAGCCUAUCCGUGCAGAUCCACGCGCUCGUCAAAGUUCUCGCGGCCCCGAAUGCCUGGAUUGACUUUUCCCGGAUCGAGUGGAGGAUUCGCCUCGGCCAAAUUUUGUGGGGUUUUCCCUUGGAUGACGAGCUUUAUGACGGCUCGGGCAUAAAUGAGGGGAACGACGCGCAGGAUCGAAGCGAGGAGCGCUAUUGGUUGCUGCUCCAAAUCCUCAUAGCCUGCGAGCUUCUCCUUCGCCUAGAUGCCAUCACCGAGGGCGACGAGUUCGGGCCGGGGGAGAACCUUAAGUUGUCCGAAAUACACCGGUUCGAAAAGGAGGCAAAUCUCUCCGUCCGAUGGUCCCUAGUUCUCGCGCGGGCGUGGCUCGAGAACAUCACCGUCACAAAGACCCAUGUGACCCCGUCCGAGCCCCCGACGCCCAAAGGCUGGCUCACGUCGCUGACGAAUAGGAUGAGCCUUAAGCACGAGCAUAUGCACUUGGCGCACCAUGUUGACCACACCCAAUAUCAUCACAAUCCCCAAUCCGAGUAUGUAUAUGCGAUCCAGGGUAGGUUCCGCGAGAGGCAGGUCUACGGGUUGAUGCAUUUUGCGCGGAAACUGCGCUGGCCCGGCAUACAAUCCUCCGCUGCGAAGUUAUCCGAGAAUGCUAUAUCUCUGGACAAGAUAACGCCUAUCACCACGCCUCCUCCUACCCAUGACACUCGACGUGCUUCGUACUUCGCCGGGGACAAGACGCCCGCGCACGGUAGAAAGCAGCCAUCAAGGAGGCGGAAGGUGGAAGCGGCCCUGCACCCAUCUGGCUGGUUUUCAAAAUCGUACGUUUCGGGUUUGGUCCUACCGGGCGAGGGGUUGUCGCAUUUUCUCAUGUCGACGCUGCUCGAAGUGGACGAAGAUGCGUUGACCAGUCUUGGCCCGAUGGUGAACCUGUGUGGCGGGUUCGUCUACAGUGGGAAGAGUUUCUGGAGUACCGCUUGCAUUGUUGGCCGCGUCCUAGCUGCCGGGCAGGGUGCCGCCGAAUGUAUGGGCUGGAUUUCAAGCGAUGUGACUCCCCAGGGGUUUGACAAUGGCUGGAUGAACAUCGCAGCCGAUGCUGUUCCCGCCGAUAUUGCUCGGACGGGUAGGAAAGCUCGAAUAUGGGGCAAGACGACCAUCGAACGGGAAUCCGACGUCCUCGGCGACGCGGACCCUUCGAAUGUGCUGCCGGCUGACUUCAUCAUUCCACACGAGAACACGUAUGGCCGCCCGCCCCCUUCGAACAUCAGGGUAGAGCUUAGGUCGCUCGACCUGGGCGCGUCGUUGGGUGGUGUGGGCGCGGCGCCUAACACAGACGAAGGAGUGUCCCUAAUUUCGGAUUCCAAUGGGGAAAAGGGCCAAGAAAUCCAGACCUUUCCUGCUUCUAUCACCUUUACCAUAUCCCACGACACACUAGACCAGGACGAACACCAUAGCUUUUCGCUUUCUAACGACGUCUACUUUGUCACCGCGCACCCAUGCGUGGCGUCGAACCACGUAAAAUAUUUCAAGUCCCCGACUAGUCCUACCAUUCAGCAGAUCGACGUCGGCGGUUUCGAUCUUAGUGGGACCUCCUCCAGCCUUGCACACAUUACGGGCCACCCACUCCAUAGGUUCUACACUUACACGGCAAUACACCUCACCGACCUCAUCAGCAAACCCGCCGCCACCCUAGAGGACCUGUUGAAGCAAGACGUACUAAAGGGCCAUUCGCGAAGCAACUCGACGUCUUCUUUCGCCGGGAACAAGCAGCCACGCGUCCUGGUCAUCGACUGCGUUACGGGGUUCGCUCCGCCGCAGUCACCCGAGAUGCCGUCGCUCUCGCGUAUGUCCUCGCUCUCCUCCUCGUUUGGCCUUGAGCCCACAAGCUUGCCUCUCGUGCGGAUGCCGACCUCGCCGGAUAUGGAACGGCGCCCGAGCACGGCGGCGUCGUCUCGAAGCCGGUUCGAGCGCAUGGAGCCCCCGAGCCCGAGCCCGCACAGCGCCGAAGCGCGGAUGCGGCUCGGCACGCGCAGGCGGCACUUCGGGUCCGAUCUCGAGGUGCUAGCCCGUGCUCUCUGUGCCGAGAGAGGCUGGAACGCCGUGAUCAGCCGCCGUAGGAGGGGCUGUCUGGCGUGCGCCAUACGCGAGGCGGGAGCGCUCGGGUGGAAGGUCGUCGUCAGAGUCGAGUAG